AUAUCACUAGGGCAACCGUAGCAACCUAUUUGUUAAAUAUCAUUUGGAACUUUCGAAUUUUUUCAUAAUCAAAAAUUCGUUUUUGGAAGCAAAAGAAAUAAAGAAAUCGCGUUUUGAUUAUUUUAAGAUUGAUUAUAUUAGAUACCUUUAAAUAAUUUUUACAAAAACUAGACUAGAUAAAUCCACGAUGAUAAAUUGUACAACACGAGGCAAAGAAGCUGCAAUCGAACCGCCGAAAGUCAAUAAUAAAAAGCCUAUAGUACUAUCAUCGCAGCGCUUUAAUAAGUUGUUAAACAAUGCUAACCAGACGGAUAAGCUGCGGGCGCAGAAAGAACUAGAAGAGGAACAAAAGUACAAAGAAUAUUUGAAGGAGGGUUCCGAUCAAUUGGUUGCACAUUUCAAGGGUAACAUACAGCGUACGCAGGAUGAGAAGUUGGCUGAAAUCAAAGCGCAUAUGGAAGAGAAGUUUACAAAAAUGCAGGAAAACUUCCAUAAGACUAAAGAGAAUGAGGAACGCAAACGGAGCGAGAAACUGGCAAAAGCACAAAACUUAAUCGAGCAACUAAAGCAGGGUCCCAAGCAGUUGCACUCUGCUGCAUUGCAAAGUGAGGUGCUACGAGCGCGCAACGUGCAAAGAAACAUAAACAAGGAGUUCGAAAGGGCUAUUAAACAACAGGAAUGCAUGGAUAAGAUGGCCUGCCAACAACAAGCAUUGGGUUUCAUGGAGGAGGACAUACAGCGGCAAGUGGAACGAAAUCAGGCCAUGGACGUGUACAAAAAGGAAAUGCUACAGACCAUUAACGAGACGACCAAACAGCGGACGGAAUAUAAAAAGCAGCUAAUUAAGGAGCAACAAGCAGCACGCGAAGCUAUGGAUCAGGAGAUUAAAGCGCAAAUCGAAAAGGAGAAAGCUAUUAUGGAGAAAAAACGUGCAGCUUUGCGUAAAAACGCCUUAGAGGCCAUGAAAAUGGUGGAACAACGAAGAUUAAGAGAACGUAUGACUGAGGAGAUCGAAAAUCGCCUCUGCUGUGUCUACAAUUUGGGCAAACAAGACUUGGAUGCUGCAAAGCAAGAAGAAGACAAGAAACCCACGCCUGAGGAAGAAAAGAAACAAGAGCAGCAAGUACAAUUCUUACGUUGUAUUCAAGCUAAGACCGAAGCAGAAGACGAAGAUCGUGUGCGUCGUGAUAUCAGUCGUAUGCAAUUGAAGUUCACAGCUGAAGAACAAGAGAAGAUUCGCAAAGACAAGGCAGCUAAACAAGCGCGUAUUGAAGCUUACAUGCGUGAGCUGCAGCAACAAAAGGAGGCAAGACGUCGUAGCGAGGAGGAGAAGCGUUAUGAUAUGGCAACACGUUUUAAGAACUGUGAAGUAAAUCGCCUGUUUGAAGAGGCGCAAAAGCAGCAGCGUUUCGUUAAAAUUCAGGAGACGCGUAAGACUUUGAACGAACAAAUGGAACAGAAAAAACGCCUCGAAAAGGAAGACAAAGAACUUAUGCGCACCUGUGAGAGCAACCAUGAAGAGCGCGAGGAUAAGUUCUUCUUCGAAUAUGCACGCAAUCUUAUGGAGGAUGCACACAAAAAAGAUCGCCCACUAUAUCCGUUUGUCAAGGUGGUGCAACAGUAUAAGCGUGAUCGUGGCAUUGAUUGCGAGCGCAAAACGCCAAAACAUCUGUUGUCACAAGUCAACAUUGGCACGCGUCAACCGGGCGAUAGCAAGCAAGAUGCAGAUGUAGUAGGAAUUAAAACCUCGAAAUCGAAGUUAAUACCGAGUAGCUCGGGUGAGGGUUUGUAUAGCGGUAAAUUGACUACGACAAGUGCCGAUAAGUUGUCGAAGGCAGAGAAAACUAACAGAGACAGCAUACUUGAGAAUUGCCUGAAGAUAUCUGAACUAAUUGAGGCAGAUAACAAAAAUACUAGCGCUAACAAAGAAAAAUGUGAUAAUAGAAUAAUAGACUGUUUGAAGCCAAGCAACCGUGUGGCCGAAAUGAAGAAGGAGAUCGACUGUGAAUCACUAAUCAAGAACAGCAAGGUGCGCUAUACCAUGUUGGAGCUGAAAGAUUUGAAUCAAUUCACAUAAACGUAUACGCAUGCGAUAGAAGCUCUGAAUAAUUGCAGCUUUUGUUACAGCUUAAUUUCAUUAUAUUUUUGUUACUUGUUCGUGUGCAAUAAAUGAUUUCUUGCAAAUAAUAAUAAA